AUGCCCAAGACCAAUCACAAGGAGCUUCAGGACUUCAAGGCUAAAGUGGCGGCCGACCAGCAAGAGUUGAAGGCACUGCUUGAACAGCGAAUGCGGCAGGCUGAAGAGGCGUCCGUGCGCCGCCGCAACGAACUCACCAAAGCCAUCCUCGACGCCCUUCAGACACCGAAUCGUCCUGUACAAGGCGCCCCUCCCACCCUCGGCGACACAAAGAUCGCUAGAAACGCCGUCUUCAAGUCUGUUGCUCACGUCCUCACGGCAUCAGAGCACCUCGUUGGCGGAUACGACAGGCUGGACAAGAUGAUUGUGAGCAUGCGAGAUGCAGAGCCUGAGGGUGUUGCAGAGGCAUGGACUGAAGAUAUCGAGAAGACGGCGCGACUUCUGAAGAUUGGGGCUGAGACUGCAAUCACGAACGUGAAGAAAGUGCUGGGUGCAGAUGUCGAGAUUGAUGGUAUGGGGGAGACAAGGGAGGAGGGCGAGAGAAUGGACGCAGUUGAGAAGAUGGAGUUGAACUAUGAGUUGCAGAAGAGUCUGCAGUAUGCUGAGAGGGGCGUGAGGAAGAUGGUCAAGAGCUUGCCUCAGGAUGAGGGACGUUAGAAGAAUCUGCUAGGGCUGUUACAU